AUGGCGGAUCUCGACAAGGUGAAAAUAUUAGUCGUUGGAGACUCAGGUGUUGGAAAAACGUCUUUCAUUAAUUUGAUAUGUCACAAUGAAAAACUUCGAAGUCCUGCAUGGACCAUAGGCUGUUCUGUUGAAACUAAGGUAUUUGAGUACAAACGAGGAACUGCACAAGUAAAAGAUUUCUUUAUUGAAUUAUGGGAUAUUGGUGGCUCUGCCAGUCACAAAUGCAGCAGAUCAAUAUUCUACUCAUCUAUAAAUGGUCUUAUCUUGGUGCAUGAUUUGACCAAUCGAAAGUCAUAUUGCAACCUUAGAAAAUGGUUAGGUGAAGUUUUUGGUGCUGGUAGAGAAACAUCUGGAAUGGGUUCUAGAAAAAUUUCCAGAGCAAGUUUGAUAACUGAUUUUGACAAUGAAGAUGAGUGUGAUCCUGAACAAUUGGCUGGUAAUCAAAUUCCUAUUUUGAUUGUUGGUACAAAAGCUGACCAGUCCGUAUUAUCAAAUGCAAGCAAUGUUCAUGAUUUAGCUGGUGAAGUUGGUGCAGAUUGUUUAUCUGUAGACUGCACAAGAACCGAACAACUAUCAACAGGAUCAACAAACCUACAGAAGUUCAAUGCUUUCAUCAACAAGGUUAUUGAAAGAAGAUAUUUUCCAAGAGAAAAGUCACAGGCAACUAUUCUGAUGGAUAACACUCGAACAGAUAGCUGGAAGGACAGAAGUAAUAAAAGAAAAUAUUUUUAAUAGUUCUGCAAUUUAAAUUAUAGUGAUAAUUUCUAGAAAUUGCAUCCCAUUCGCCAGGACACUUGCUUUACACAGCAUGACGUCAGGGGGGAACACUUGAGUAAAUUGGGGGGGGCAGCAAAAUGAGUUAAAACUAAAAACAUAAUUUAUAAUUUUGAGCAAAGGAGCUCAAAAGGAAAUAAGAUAGUGUAUUUAAAUAUUUUGAGUCUAAAAGGUAAAAAAUAACUCAAUAUGUACUAUAUUUGAAAAUUAUUUUUUUUGGGGGGGUACUGCUAUCCACCAUCCCCUAGUGUCUGUUAUUGUCUCUCAUGACAUCAAAACACCUUAGUGUUGUUAAGCAAUGGAGAUUUGUGCAGUAACUGAGCGUCGCCAUAAUCACUCGUAUGGUUUGUUUUGAGUUAUUUUGUUUUGUUUUAAUAUUAACUGGAAAAUUUGCACUUAA